AUUCGGAUAUUAUCGAACUGUGGCUCAACUCCAGCUACUCAUGAAGACAUGAACACAACAAGAUGAGGAGUGUGGCAUCAAGUUAAUGUCUUGAGAUACAAAAACGAAAAAUGUUGAUAACUGUUAGAGAUGUGUGUUCUUGGUCCCAGUUCAAUUCUUUCACAACUCCCAAGCACUGCUAUAAUUUCAACUACAAUUCUUCAAAGUUGCCCAGAUAUUGUUCUAUCUCCAUUUGCAGAAGCAGUCUCUCUCUCAACCCAAAACCCAAUUCUGACCUCCAUUCUAACAGUUGCAAGACAGGUGUUUUUGAUCCCUUGGGCAUCAGUUCAGACAAGUCAUUUGGUCUCAAUUCUGCCUGGGAUAGUUUAAUUGGCUUGUUUGAGAGUUCCUCAAGUACAAAAAGGGACAAACCUUUACCUAGAGGAGUAGCAGCUGCAAUUGAAGAUACUAGCAUCGAUUUUGGCGACUUUUUUAAAGGGCCAUUGCCUGGAAAGUUCCUUAAACUGUUAGGCUUCUUAGCCCUUUCUCGUCUUGGAAUAUAUAUACCUCUAGGCGGAGUAAAUAGGGAGGCUUUCACUGGGAGUUUAGAUCAGAACAGUAUAUUAAGCACCUUAGAUUCAUUCUCUGGAGGAGGCAUUGGACGACUUGGGAUAUGCUCUCUUGGUAUUGUUCCGUUCAUUAAUGCAUCAAUUGUGUUUCAGCUUCUAACACAACUCUACCCUAAGUUGCAAGAUCUUCAGAAAAGAGAAGGUGAAGCUGGGAGAAAGAAGAUACUCCAAUACACUCGCUAUGCUUCCGUUGGAUUUGCCAUCGUACAGGCAAUUGGCCAAGUACUCUACCUCCGCCCUUAUGCCAAUGACUUCAGUACCCAGUGGGUUCUGUCUUCAGUUAUUCUAUUAACGCUUGGAUCAGUUGGUACAACGUAUAUAGGCGAACGGAUCACUGACUUGAAACUUGGAAACGGAACAUCUCUUUUGAUCUUUACAAGCAUUAUAUCCUAUUUACCAGCAUCUUUUGGCAGAACAGUUGCACAGGCAUUUCAGGAUGGCAACUAUACCGGACUCAUCACUAUCGUUGUCUCAUUUGUGUUGCUUGUACUCAGCAUUGUUUAUGUUCAGGAAGCAGAAAGGAAAAUUCCGCUUAAUUAUGCUUCGAGGUACACUAGCAAAGCAGGCGGGCUUCAAAAAUCUGCAUACCUGCCGUUUAAGGUAAAUAGUUCAGGAGUGAUGCCAAUCAUCUUUUCUACAUCAUCUUUAGCACUACCUGGUACACUAGCACGAUUUACCGGCUUGAGUGCGCUAAAAAAUGCUGCAGUGGCUCUAAACCCAGGGGGUUCUUUAUAUGUCCCAACAAACAUCGUCUUAAUAGCCUUCUUUAACUACUACUACACUUUCCUGCAAUUGGACCCUGAUGAUGUGAGUGAACAAUUAAAGCGCCAGGGUGCCUCAAUCCCACUUGUACGACCUGGUAAAAGCACGGCUACUUACAUUAAGACGGUUCUGAGUCGAAUAUCGGUUCUAGGAUCUGCUUUUUUGGCGAUUCUGGCUGGUGGUCCUGCACUGAUCGAACAAACUACACACCUGACUGCUUUUAGAGGGUUUGCAGGCACAUCAGUUCUCAUUCUUGUUGGUUGUGCUACAGAUACAGCAAGAAAAGUUGAGGCAGAGAUAAUAUCACAGAAGUACAAGAAUAUAGAGUUUUAUGACAUUGAGAAAUAUUAGCUCUUGGUAGUCAAAUCUAAAAUCAGACUCCAAAGAGGGAAAAGUACUAUAUUUAAAGAUCUAAUUGCUUAGGUGACUUCUGUUUACAUGUAUGUUCAUGUUGUAUCUAUAUAGCAGAUGUUUCUCUGUACUUUCA